AUGCUUCAAGAAAAAAUUUUAAUGAGAAAAAUAAAAAAUCGAGAGAAGAAAAAAUUAAAAAUCUUGUCGACUAAAACGAAAGAAUUUAAACAAUUAGUAUCUGCAGAAGAAGACAAAGCUUCCGAAAAAGAAGUUGAUGAUCACGAAGAAGAACCUGUUAAUGCAAACACAAAUAAGCAAAAGAAAAAAAAACGAAAGCAUGAAAAAGAGGAGAGCAUUUCAGAAUUGAGCGAAGAACAAGAACUCUCGAAAAAGUUAAAAAAUGAUUCAGAAAUUGACGAUGACAAGAAUUUAAUUGAAAAUGACAAUGAAGAAAAUGAAGAAAAUGUUGAAAAUGGUACGCCUAAUGUUACUGAAAACAUUCAAGAUGAUGGUGUGAAAAUGCCUGGUUCAAGUUUAACUUUAGAAAUUUUAAGCGACACAAAAUUUUCAUCAUUGGAAGGUAAAGUGUGUGAAAAUACUUUGAAAGCGAUUGUGGACAUGGGUUUUACGACAAUGACAGAAAUUCAAGCUAAAAGUAUUCCGCCUCUACUGGAAGGAAGAGAUCUUGUCGGUUCUGCUAAAACAGGCUCUGGAAAAACUCUAGCAUUUUUAAUUCCUGUAGUAGAAUUAAUAUACAAAUUGAAAUUUCUACCCAGAAAUGGAGUCGGUGCUAUUAUUAUAUCACCGACACGAGAAUUAUCAAUGCAAACAUUUGGAGUCCUUAAGGAAUUGAUGAAAUAUCAUUAUCACACAUAUGGACUUGUUAUCGGGGGAGCUAAUAGGAAAGCAGAAGCGGAAAAAUUAAGCAAAGGAAUAAAUAUAUUGGUGGCAACUCCUGGAAGACUCUUGGAUCAUCUUCAAAACACUCCGGGAUUUUUGUUUAAAAAUUUACAAUGUUUAGUCAUAGAUGAAGCGGAUAGAAUAUUAGAUAUAGGAUUCGAAGAAGAAUUAAAACAAAUUAUUAAUUUAUUACCAAAAAGGCGUCAAACGAUGUUAUUUAGUGCGACGACGACAGCCAAAACGGAAAAUCUAACGAAAUUAGCACUCAAAAAAGAACCCGUUUACGUGGGGAUAGACGAUAGGAAGGAAAAGGCGACGGUUGAGGGUUUGGAACAAGGCUACGUUGUGUGUCCGUCCGAAAAACGAUUCCUCUUGCUUUUCACAUUUUUAAAAAAGAACAAGAAGAAAAAAGUGAUGGUUUUUUUUAGCUCUUGUUUAUCCGUUAAAUUUCACCACGAGUUGUUAAAUUACAUCGAUCUUCCCGUCAUGUGCAUACACGGAAAACAAAAACAAGCGAAAAGAACGACGGUUUUCUUUCAAUUUUGCAACGCGGAAUCGGGUAUUCUCCUGUGCACGGACGUUGCCGCUCGUGGUUUAGACAUUCCUGCCGUGGAUUGGAUAGUUCAAUACGAUCCACCGGACGAUCCGAAGGAAUACAUACACAGAGUUGGUAGGACUGCUCGAGGUGAGGGUAGCAGCGGUCAUGCACUCCUCAUUCUCAGACCGGAAGAACUUGGAUUUUUAAGGUAUUUGAAACAGGCGAGAGUUCCGUUGAACGAAUUUGAAUUUUCCUGGAGUAAAAUAGCAGAUAUUCAAGUACAGCUGGAGAAAUUAAUCGGUAAAAAUUACUUUCUCAAUUUGUCAGCCAAAGAAGCUUUUAAAUCGUACGUACGAGCCUACGAUUCUCAUCAUUUGAAAAACAUUUUCGACGUGAACACGUUGGAUUUGGAAAAAGUCGCGACGUCAUUUGGAUUCACGGUACCGCCGAGAGUUGAUCUUCAAGUCGGAGGUGUUAAAAGUGAUCGACCUAGAAAACGAGGAGGCGGCGGAGGUUUCGGUUAUUCGAAAAGUUUCAAUAGUAAUAAAAAAGAAAGGAAAUCAAUAAUUUUCAAACAGCCGAAAGGGAAAGGAAAAUUUAGUUUUCAAUGA